GCUCUGUGACAUACAGUAGAUGGUGCAUCGAUUGCACACAGACGCUCGCUUUCCCUCUUGCUAGGAAGUCCUGUGUAGAGAGGCGAGGAUGGAUUGAGACACAUCUCUCUCUCUCUCUUUCCUUCCUGCUCUCCUUCAUUCUGCUGAGCUAAUGUGAGGAGCCAGUCUGCCUUCUCUAUCCCUUCUCGGAGGAUUCUGCUCUAGAGAUGCCCACUGGGAAUUCUGAGGAGAUCUGAAGCUGGCGCAAUGUCUCAGCUCCUGCACAUGGAGAUCCCCAACUUUGGCAGUGCGGUGUUGGACAGCCUGAAUGAGCAGCGGCUGCUGGGCCAGCACUGUGAUGUGGCCAUUAUGGUUAAUGGACAGGCCUUUAAGGCCCACCGUGCCGUGCUGGCUGCCAGCAGCCUUUACUUCCGUGACCUCUUCAGUGACAGCAGCCAGACUCUGUUCGAACUGCCCUCUUCGGUGGCCCCGUCCUGUUUCCAGCAGAUUCUGUCUUUCUGCUACACGGGCAGAAUGACGGUGACAGCCAGUGAUCAGCUCAUGGUCAUGUACACAGCCGGUUACCUCCAGAUCCAGAACAUUGUGGAGCGUGGAAUGGACUUGAUGUUCAAGGCCAACGCUCCAUUCUGUGACUCGCAGACAUCUGCCACAGACGAUCCUCCCAGCCCAAACAACAACAACGCCUCACUGUUGCUAGGCGACCGGCCUACGGCUGUCUGUAAAAUUAAAGAGGAGAAGCUGGAGACCCCUGUGUGUACUCAGAGCGGUGAGCUCAAGCAAACUGAUGAUGAUGCCAAGGGACUCAGGAGCAGAUCUUUGAGGGGGAGUGCACUUUUCUACACCACCGGUGCAGGAAACGGGACCCUGAGUGUGGUUCACCCAUAUGAGCACUCAUCAAGAGAUCACUCAAGCCCUGGAGCCUCCAGCCUGCCCACCACGGACAGCCCCACUUCCCAUCAAAAUGAGGAAGAGGACUUUGAAGAUGACUCAUAUGACAACCUUACCAGUGGGAAGAUCUAUGGAGUUUCGGCCAGUCUCUAUGGCAGUAAAUUGCAUGAGAAGAUGGAGGUGUCCUCCCUGCCUCCAUCCCUGGAGAGCCGCUUCUGCACGCUGCUCGGAGGUGACAGAGAAGCUCUUCCUGCAGGACUUAUCAGUCAGAUCGGCUACCGUUGCCACCCUGCACUCUACACGGAGGGAGAUCCAGGCGAGAGGCUUGAGCUAAUUGCAGGAUCUGGUGUGUUCAUGACACGUGGGCAGCUGAUGAAUUGCCACUUGUGUGCUGGGGUCAAGCACAAAGUCCUUCUCCGGCGCCUGCUUGCUGCUUUUUUUGACAGGAAUACACUGGCAGACAGCUGUGGGACAGGCAUCCGCUCCUCCAAUUGUGAUCCCAAUCGCAAACCUCUGGACAGCCGUAUACUCAACACAGUCAAACUUUACUGUCAGAACUUCGCCCCAAACUUCAAGGAGAGCGAGAUGAAUGUGAUCGCUGCAGAUAUGUGUACCAACGCACGCCGGGUUCGUAAGCGAUGGUUGCCCAAGAUCAAGUCUAUGCUGCCCGAGGCUAUUGAGGUGUACAGGGGCUCUGUGGUGUUAGGCCAGGUAGAUGGAGUUACACAGCCCAGUCCAUCCUUCCUGUUUGAGUCUGACUUCAAACACCUGGCCCAGGCAAACCUGACUCUGGAGCAGCAUCUCUACGGUGACUGCAGAGAGACACUGAGAAAUCACUUUCCUGGAGCCGUCAUGGAGGAGAGAGCCAGCACAGAGACAAACAAGGGUGAAGCGCUGCGAACACGCUCUGCAGAUAAUCCAGAGGAUGUGGCUCCAAGGCAUCUGGAGAACUCAGAGAGAGAAGGGACAGUCCUCGCCCUCAACCCGGCCAGUAAGAGAGUUGAAGGGGACAGUAGCAGCCCCAAAAGCCAGCCAGAGGAACAAAGUGAAGAGCGGCCACUGGUAGAGGACCAACAUUAUGUUGACUCCAUCGCUGGGCUUCCUACUGAGACCUGCAAAAGUGACCAUGAGGAAGACAGUGGAGUAUUUGCCAGCAUUAAGGAGAUGCACUUUGUUUCCACUGUCCCAGAAGUGCCUAAGACACUGAGCAAACCUCAGCCAUGGCGGGAAGCACUGAAUCAGACAUAUGACUACUUUGCUCUGCCUUUCCAAGUGCACACUCUCUGGAACACAUACAGAAACAUAAACACAUAUGAGAUAACACAGGGAGUGAGAUUGCACAGCUCCUGUUCUCAGUUCUAAAUUUACACACACAGUGAAAAAAAACCUUGAACGCUGCUCCAUUUAUUAACAUGCGCUUUGUUUAAGUAAUAAUAACCUGUGUGAAAGGUGAUAAAGAAUUAUAAUCGUCAGCAAAAUUCUUUCACGUUUUUGUAUUUUAAUCGGUUGUCUAGAAAACAGUGCACGAUGUCGGAUUGCAGUGAUCUAGAAAUUUUCUGCACCUCUAACCAGAGAGCUGCCAUCCUGCAGAUCUGCCCAGUUUAUCUGAAAGGUGAAGCACAGCAGGUCCCACAGGCUCAAGAUAAGUGGGCUCAGACUGUUGAGCUGGUCAGCUAGCCAGCAAUCUGCAAACCCAACAGGCCAGAGAGGUGCUGUCAGGACCUUCCACUGUGGAUACACAAGAGGAGCAGUGCUGCUACAGCAAGAUACAAUACAUCAUGGCAUCUCACUCACACACUAAAUUCACAGGUGGAAAAUUCUCCAGAACGGAGAACUGCACUGUAGCUGUUGUGUUUAUCAUUAGUGACAGGGAAAAAUCUCAAUAACGAAAAGAGGGUCAAAUGUUUGCAAAAAGACCAAAACAUACUCUAAAGGAAUUCAGGCUAUGUUUGUUGCUGUUGCAGUAUGAUUAUGAUAAUAAGAGUCUAACAAUAAAAUAUUUUGCCUAGCUGCUUAGUGCCAUAUGUCAGGACUAAAUCACUUUUUGUAUAAUGAUUUUCUGCACUCAUUAAAGCAAAGUGCUUUUGUCUGGGAUAGUUUCUCCCAUUAUAUAAACAAUAAUAAUCAUAAAAUAAUUCAGCAAAUCUUAAAUAAGUCAGCCAACCUUAAAGUGCUUGUAUUUGUAUUCAAACUUGUAUUCAUGAUAAGCAUGUUAAUGAAAGAAUCUUUAGCUGUUGGUUUAAAUCUAUGAAAACUACAGCAAACAAAUUAAAAUAAUAGUUUGGCAUACUGAACAAACUAGGAGAAAAGGUAUUUUAAAAAGUUUAAAGACAAUACAAUAUGUGGUUAUAACAGUAGGUCUACACAAUGUGAGCUUUGGGUGAGUUGUUCUUCAUAAGAUGAGCGAGAAAUGAAGUGGCUGAGGCUAAACAUUUUUAUACAAUAUAAGGACGAUUUCGUGAUUAAUAAGGAACUUAAACGGCAACCAGUGAGAACUGAAUAAGGCAAUUCAGUCUAACUUCUUUUCCUACUAAGGGCCCAAUUCAUGAACAAAAAUAUUUAACUUAUUGAUUCUAUCUUAUCAUUCUAUCAUUAAAACACUAAAAAACACCCUCCAGCAUAACAACUACCACAAAGAAGGCUUCAGUUAUCUCAACAAGAAAUAUUUGAUCCAACUACCCCUCUCUAUUUAGUCCAGACCUACACUACAUGGCCGAAAUUAAUCCGGUUCUGGAAAAGGAUGUUUAUUAAGGUGAUCUGGGUGUGAAGGUCAGGUGUCCAAAUACUUAAACUGGACUAUAAGAGAGGUGACAGAGUGGGUCUUUUGUUUUUGUCAUUUCAGCUAUUAUAUAGCAGAAUAAAAAAAAAAAACUGAUUACAGAAGGUAAGACACAGACAAAACAAUAUUAUCUGUAAACUGCGGGAUAUGAACAAUACAGCAGGAGUACAGAGUUUUCAGUAUUCAGUUUCAGUGAUUUCAGUAGUGUUCCUAGUACUGGAUGAUAUUAUAAAUUCACAGGAUGGUAUGAGGAACUACAUGUUACUGAUUAACUACAGAAGUGUUGAGGUGAACCAGAUCGUCAAACCAUCAUAAGCAACAGCAUAUGGAAGUAAUGUAAAUAUUAUAGUAUCAGCAUGAUAUCUGGAAUGUCAUAUAUUACCAUCACAGAUAGGAACCAACGGCGAGACCAAGAGUGACAAGUAGACGUGGGGUUUAACAGCAAGAGCAGCAGAAGACUGUGGAAUAUGAGGGGGUGAAGCUGUUGUGGGAUUGGCAUGGGUGAAGGAUGUAGCCAGGCCAACACACUAAUACAACAACACACAGCCAAGUAUCCUGCCAUCUGCAGUGAAUACAUAAGAAACAUAAAACAAAGAAUUAUACACCAUCUAGAUAUUCUUUCAUAAUUACUGAUUAUUCAUGAUGGCAGAAUUGACACAGACUUAAUAAUACUGAGCUCAUAACCUCUAAAACAUGAUGGUAUGAUAAGUGAUGUCUUGGAUCCAGUUCAAAAAUGAGAAUGUGAUUGAUUUCAGAUCGUUUCCAGCAAUACAUGGUUAAUCCCAUCAGUGACAGGAACUCAAUCAGUAGAAAACUCCCUCUGUAGAGUUGUAGCAGUGGCCUCAGAUGCUCUAGAUGUGAUUCAUUUGAUGCUUGUAUAUGGCAUGGAGGAUUAGCCCAAAAUAUAAAAACGAAAAAGAUAUAAGUGGAAAAGCGACAGUUACUUAUGACCACAGUAAAGAUUUAACAUGGGCAUACCACUAACCUUUAAAAGCAAUAAAAGUUAUCAGUGCUAUAAUGAGGCCACAGGUGACACCGAUUCGAAAUGUUAUCCACUGUCCAGCUGUCUGCAUGAAAAAGCAGCAUGAGAGGGUCCUUUUAACAAUCUGUAAAAUGUUAAUGAAUGAAACUAUUUCUCUGUCUCUAAAAGCACUGUAAUUAAUAAACACUCAUUAAAGCAAAGUCAGUUCACAAAUAGUUUUCUAGCUUAGCUUAUCUCAAUUUAUUUAUGGUUCUCUACUUGACGUAAAUCAUCAGCUUGAUAGAUUUGAUAGUUCUUACUUGUUCCAUUCCCCUCGGUGGGAGUUCAAGCCUCUUCAGAGCUUUCUCUUCGUUGCCACCCUCAAGCUGAAGCAUAAACGUCUGUGCAAUUCAGUGCACAGAAAUCAUGCAAAUAAAUAUACAGAAGGGAAUCAUUUAAUUGAAAGAACAAUUUAUAUACAUCAAUAUAUUCUCACCUCUAGUCUAAACAUCAUUUCCUCACAGCUACCUCGCUCAGUGUGUAGUAAAGAAGUGUCUAGUCUUUCACUUCUCCACUGUAGGCCACGCUCAGAUGGAAUUUUUGCAUCAUACUUUUUUGUAAUCUUAUAGAAACCUUGGUAGUUUAGCUCCUGUCAUCAGAAAAAUAUUGUGAGAAGAUGUUUUAGUGACCAACAUUUGACCAAUCAACAGAAAUGACUGUACCAUUACCUGAUAGCUCUGGAGAAAGACCAGACUCAUAUAAAAUUCCCCUACAGCCAUUUUAAGUUUAUGUAAUUCAGACUUUUUCCUUUGUAGAUGUGUGUAAUUCUUUGGGGAGACCGGGACAUGUCCAGAUCCUGACACUCCUGCUUCCGAACCAUCUAGAGCAACAAUCCCAAAUGUGGACAGCCUCCAUUUUGCCUCAGAU